AAGGGCGGAUCCGACCUUAACGACACCUCAGUAAUGGAGAUAGUGUACAACCCAAUUGCUGUACUUUCUUCUUGUAUUCUUCUCUUGAUUUUGGUGCUAGCAUGGAAAGUAUUCAACCAGGUGUGGUUAACUCCCAAGCAGCUAGAGAAGCGGCUGAAAGAGCAAGGUUUCAGAGGAAAUCCUUACAAACUUCUCUAUGGAGACUUCAAAGAGAUCUCAACCCUCUUCAAAGAAGCUCUCUCCAAGCCAAUCAAUCUCACUGAUGACUUCGUCCCCAGAGUUAUUCCACACUUCUAUGCAGCUGCCAAGAAAUAUGGUAAGCAUACAUAUUUGUGGCAGGGAACAGAACUGACGGUGGUAAUCAUGGAUCCUGAACACAUAAGGGAGGUCACACAAAAGGUUUACAUCUUUCAAAGACCUCAUAGUCAUCCACUCCUAAAAUUGCUGGUACAAGGGCUGGCGAGCUAUAAUGGAGAUAAAUGGACUAAACAUAGAAAACUCAUCAAUCCUGCUUUCCAUGUGGAGAAGUUGAAGCACAUGCUCCCGUCAUUUUAUACAAGUGCUAGUGAGAUGAUGUGCAAGUGGGAGGAUAUUGUUUCAUCCAAUGGCUCCUCUGAGUUGGAUGUUUGGCCGGAUCUUCAGACUCUGACUUGUGAUGCAAUUUCACGGACGGCAUUUGGUAGUAACUACAAAGAAGGAUCAAGAAUAUUCGAACUUCAAAGAGAACAGGCUGAGCAUUUCAUUGAGGCUGCACGAUCAUUAUACAUCCCAGGAUGGCGGUUCAUUCCAACCAAGAGGAAUACAAGAAUGAAACAAAUUGCAAGAGAUGUUCAAGAAUCUAUUAAAGAUAUUAUAAAUGCUAGAUUGAAGGCAAUGAAAGCAGCGAAAGCCUGUGAUGAUGACUUACUGGGCAUAUUACUGGAAUCCAACUCUAAAGAAAUUGAUCAUCAUGGCAACAAGAAUUUUGGCAUGACAGUUCUAGAGGUUAUUGAAGAAUGCAAACUGUUCUAUUUCGCUGGGCAGGAGACCACCUCAGUGCUGCUUGUAUGGACUAUGAUCUUAUUGAGUAGGUAUCCAGAGUGGCAGAUGCGUGCUAGAGAAGAGGUUUUGCAACUCUUUGGCACUGAUAAACCAGAUUUUGACGGACUAAAUCACCUAAAAUUGAUCACCAUGAUACUGCACGAGGUUCUCAGACUCUACCCACCAGUGCCUGCACUCUUUCGAAGAGCUGCUGGAGAAACUCAAUUGGGUAAUUUAUCUCUUCCAGCAGGAGUGUUGGUAUCAUUACCAGUAAUGUUGCUGCACCAUGACCCUGAAAUAUGGGGCGAUGAUGUGGAGGAGUUUAAACCAGAGAGGUUUGCUGAUGGAGUCUCAAAGGCAACAAAGGGCCGAGUCGCAUUCUUCCCGUUUAGUUGGGGACCUCGUAUAUGCAUUGGCCAAAACUUUGCUAUGUUGGAAGCCAAACUGGCAUUGACUAUGAUUCUGCAACGCUUUUCCUUUGAGCUUUCGCCAUCUUAUACUCAUGCUCCUCGGGCAGCAGCAACGCUUCAACCCCAGUUUGGUGCUCAGUUGAUUUUGCAGAGAUUUUAGCUUGAAUUAUGUAUCUUGGCUGUUUGCGUCAUUAGCUUUGUGGGGAAAUAAGUACUUCAGAUGUUUAAAUCUUGAUUUCUCUUCCAAAACCCAAAUACCCUCACGCACUACUCGUGGAGUUAACAAUAGUUGUAUGGAGCAGUUUGCCCGCUUCUCUGUUAUUACCAUCUUCAUCUGUUGCUCAUAAAAGCCUGAAAUCUGAUUGUAAUUUGUAAGCAAGCAUUGUGAAGUUUCUUGUGCUACUCCUACAAAAGGAUGUGUGGAUGCUUAAGGAAUGAGAAAUCAAUGUCAAGCA